AUGUCCUUCAAGUUCGCUCACAUCUGCGACUAUCUUGAACGUUGCGAAGGGAUAUCUUCUUACAACCCACCCCUUCCUCCAGCAGAACUAAAAUCGAGACUCUACCGCCAACACGCUACCUGGUUUGCCUCACACCAUCAAGAUAUCGACGCCUUGGAUGAACAUGGCACAACCGCAUUGCUAUCGACUUUCCUUCCAUGCCGGAGAAAGGAUCGCAUCUAUGGUUUACAGUCUGCUUCCCUCUUGAAACUGCUCGGCCGGUGUCUUGGCUUGAGCGCCUCUGCCAGACAUGAACUCUCCUCAUUCCAGACUCCAAAUAAUGGUGACCUUGGGGAUUGCUUGCAGCGGCUUUUGAAGGUCCGCGGCCCGCCACCUCUUCCCUUUGUCACUCUACAAGAGGUAGACGAUGCAUUGCACGCUCUUGCUUCAGCAAACAGAUUCUCUGCACCGUCGGUCCGUCAGUCUUUUCACCCUUCGUCAAGCAUCGACUUACUCGCCGAUGUCUUGUUGCGUCUCCACGCUGUAGAAGCCAAAUGGUUCGUACGGCUCAUCCUGAAAGAGUUCGCCCCCGUCACUCUGAACGACAGAUCAAUCAUGACCUCUGUUCAUUUCUUGCUUCCUGACUUGCUUUCGAUGCAAGACAGUUUUGAGAACGCAUGUUAUGCUCUAAGAACUACUUUUGUCGACUAUCCGAGUCGUCCAGAUCCUCAUUCGAGGAACAUCCUAAGGCAAACUGCCAUAUCGUUGUUCAGGCCGACUCCUGGUGUCAAGGUCAGCCGUCCGGGGUACACCAAAGCCAGGUCCAUUAAACAAUGUCUGGAGAUGACCGCUGGAGGAAAGUGGCUAUUGGAGAGAAAAUACGAUGGAGAAUAUUGCCAGAUACAUAUCAAUCUUGCUCGAGGCGACAAUUGGCUGAAGAUAUACUCGAAGAGCGGCAGAGACUCUACCGAAGAUCGAGCCGGUCUGCGAGAGACCAUUAAGAAAUGCUUACGCAUCGGUAGCGACAAGUGCAAGAUCAAGCGCGCGUGUAUUCUGGUUGGGGAAAUGGUGGUCUUCUCCGACACCGAGAACAGCAUUCUUGGAUUCGAUCAGAUUCGCAAACAUGUUUCGCAUGCUGGCAUUUUCCUCGGCGCUGAAAACGACACGCCAGGCCGACCGGGUGAACACCUGAUGAUCAUUCUGUUUGAUCUUCUGCUGCUUGAUGACGAAGACAUCUUAUCGCGAUCUGUCGAGGAACGCAAAGCUCGGCUCAGCAGCAUUUACAAGCGGAUUCAUGGUCGAGCAGCACCAGCCGAGUCUUGUGUCAUGGACUUUUCCCAAGGCAACGCUGAACGAAGGCUAAUGAACCAUUUUGCGGCCUCGAUCGCAUGUCGUCACGAAGGUCUAGUACUCAAGCGAUGUGGUGUCUCGUAUCUCUCGCAUGGCUCGAUAGCUGGCAUUAAGCUCAAGAAAGACUACAUUACUGGACUUGGAGACGAAGCUGAUUUUGCCAUCGUUGGUGCAUCAUAUAGUGCUCAAGAAGCGAAGAAGCGAUCGGAGCUACGCUUGAAGUUCACACACUUUCAUCUGGGUUGCCUCAUUAACAAAGCUGCACUUGAUCACGAUGGCAUCAAGCCUGUGUACAAGAUCGUUGCGACAAUUGCAUAUGAUCAUUGCAUGUCGACGGAAAUCUUGGAAAGGGUCAACGUUGAGGGCAGCUUGCUUGCAGAACCAUACAACGAACAGAGCUCACCAUUGACCAUCGAAUCUGACAACACGUCAAAAAUGGAAGUUUGCUUUCGGGACCCACUGGUUUUUGAAGUACUCGGCAGCUCAUACAGCAAACUUCCCGGAGGCUACUUCAUGUUGAGACAUCCUCGAGUGAGAAAGCUGCAUCAAGAUCGGACAUGGAAAGAUUGCAUCACAUUCGAUCAAUUGCAACUCGCGGCUGCCGAAGCUCUGGACACUCCUCAAGACUCGGAAACACAAGAGAACGUCAAAUGG